AAAAAUUAUUUACAUCUUUGAAACACACUCACUAUCAUCAAGACAAUAUGGCUGAUGCGACGGAGAAAGCCGAACACGACCGUAUUUUCAAGAAAUUUGAUGCAAACGGCGACGGAAAAAUUUCAGCAGCCGAACUAGAAGAAGCUCUUAAGACACUUGGUUCGGUAAGUCCUGAUGACGUGAAACGUAUGAUGGCUGAGAUCGAUACUGAUGGCGAUGGAAACAUAUCGUAUCAAGAAUUCACCGAUUUUGCUGGUGCAAAUCGUGGACUUAUGAAGGAUGUUGCCAAAAUUUUCUAAAAUGUAGUUGCCAUCCUUUUUUAUUUAAUUUGAAAUGUCUGAAUUUUUGUUUUUUUACAUAUUGAAAGAUUUGGUUCAAAGCAUCGUAUAAUUUUCCUUUUGUUAUU